GAAAGGGAGAGAGAGACAGAGAUUACCAACAUGAAAGCAGGUAGAGAGUGCAGGGCAAGACUUCUUCCAGCUUCAUCAACUGGAAUUUGGGCAACAUAGAAAAAAAAAGUGAAUAUGAUGAAGAAUGAAGAAAAAAGUUUUAAUGGGGAUAGUACGCGAGCCUCUGCCUUCUCCUGCUGCCGACAGCCACUGAGCUCCGUGGCAAAGCCACACAGAGCAACUCCAUUUGGUGAAGAAUUCAGACCCCACCUCUCACACUUCCACUAUGGCCCUCCUCCUCUUGAAGACAUGGAAACAUUCCAGGGAUCUUUGGAAGGAGGGUCUCGGAAACGCAAGAGCAUGCCAACAAAAAUGCCUCCUUCUGUAGCCCUUGAGGGUUCCUCAUCACCACUGGGCCGACCUGAAGAUAACAAUGACAUAGGCUCUUCUAGUCUCCCCUUGGUGUUCCAACAGCCAGCACAGCCCAAGUACAGUUCCCAGAUGAUUGACCUCUGCAACUUUGGUUUUCAGUUCUACAGAACUCUGGAGCGCUUUGGGACCAAGCCUGUUAAGCAAGAACCAGUGAAGCCUAACAUGACAUGGCCCAGUAGCCCAGCAUUCAUGCAAGCUCCUUACCCUUAUUAUCCUAAAGUCCACUCUGGCUUUAUGUUUCCUUUUAUUGUGCCACCGAACUUUCAUUUCAGGAACGCCUUUCAAACAAAAAGACCUCCAGAACCACCCUUCAGAAGGACUGAAAUACGAGAAAGUGGUGAAAAUAAACAGAAAGUGGAAAGGGUAGAUGUGAACCUUCAGAUAGAUGACAGUUACUAUGUUGACGUGGGGGGUGAACAGAAGCGCUGGCAGUGUCCCAUGUGUGAGAAGUCCUAUACAUCCAAGUACAAUUUGGUGACCCAUAUCUUGGGGCACAGUGGCAUUAAGCCGCAUGCUUGCACCCGAUGUGGCAAGCUUUUCAAGCAGCUGAGCCACUUGCAUACACAUAUGUUGACACACCAGGGCACUCGGCCACACAAGUGCCAGGUGUGCCACAAGGCUUUCACUCAAACCAGUCACCUUAAGAGACACAUGAUGCAACACAGUGACAUCAAACCUUACAACUGCAGGAUCUGUGGCAGAGGUUUUGCCUACCCCAGCGAGCUGAAAGCACAUGAGUCUAAGCACGAGAGUGGACGAGAGAACAUUUGUGUGGAGUGUGGUCUGGACUUCCCAACCCUGGCCCAGCUGAAGAGACACUUAACAACCCACCGUGGCCCUAUACAGUACAAUUGCACUGAAUGUGACAAGACCUUCCAGUACCCAAGUCAGCUGCAAAACCACAUGAUGAAGCACAAAGACAUCCGCCCAUACAUCUGCACUGAAUGUGGCAUGGAGUUUGUGCAGCCCCACCAUCUCAAACAACACUCCCUAACUCACAAGGGUGUGAAAGAGCACAAAUGUGGAAUUUGUGGACGGGAGUUUACUCUGCUGGCCAACAUGAAGCGACAUGUCCUGAUCCACACCAAUAUCAGAGCCUAUCAAUGCCAUUUGUGCUUCAAGAGCUUCGUGCAAAAGCAGACUCUCAAGGCCCACAUGAUUGUUCACUCGGAUGUCAAACCCUUUAAAUGCAAGCUAUGUGGAAAGGAAUUUAACAGAAUGCACAAUUUAAUGGGACACAUGCACUUGCACUCAGACAGUAAGCCUUUCAAGUGCCUCUACUGUCCCAGCAAAUUCACCUUGAAGGGGAACCUAACCAGGCACAUGAAGGUCAAACACGGAGUCAUGGAAAGAGGAUUUCAUUCUCAAGGUUUUGGAAGAGGAAGAAUGGCUCUGUCACAGACAAAUGUCUUGAGAAGCUUGGAACAGGAAGAACCCUUUGAUCUUUCCCAGAAAAACCAAGGGAAGGGAAUCUCAUUUCAUUCAGAUGGCGAGAGUGCCAAGGGAAGCUCAUGCCAGGAAGAAGAGGAAGACAAUGGCUAUGAGGCAGAGCAGUACAGCCCUGCCAUGUAUCACCAUGAAGACAACAAGCUGUGCGUGGCUCAAGAUCUGUCUGGCAAACCCGAGCGCAUGAUGAAGAGCUUCAGAGAGUCUUACUGCAAUGAAAAGGAAGAAGCACUAAGUGAGGAAGGGCUGGAGAGGAAAAUGGGAAAUGCAGAUGAACAGGAGAGUGAAGGAGAGAGAGACCUUGCAAACAACAAAGAACACCUCAGCUUUAGAUCCUUUGAAAAGGCCAGACUUGGCCACUCUCUCUCAGAUUACUUGUAUUUCAAGCACAGGAACAAGAGUUUGAAAGAAUUGCUGGAAAGAAAAGUGGAAAAACAAACAAUGCUUUUAGGCAUUUAAAAUGAACAUUUCAAAACAGCUGGAAAAUGGGAACCAGAUAGCUUUU